AGUUGAUGAUGAACAUAAUUGAUUAGUGCGUGUUGUCAAAUCCAUACACGAACGUUGGAAAAUCGUAAGAUAGCAUUUGAAGGUAUAUAUUUGCACAUAGCUAAGUUAAUGUAUAGCUUGCUUGCUAGCUGGCCUGUCGGCUUUCUAUGGGUGUGGAGGGAGGGUGGUGCUGAAGUGCCCGGGAGAGUGAGACUAGAGGAGAACCGGACGAGGCCCAUGCUGUUCGCACUUUACGUACUUAUUAAAAGUUGUCAUCUAGCUAUAGCAUCUACUGCUGGCUAUCUCGAGCUGUCAACCCAACUAGCUUGUUAGUUAGCUAGAUGCAAAGAAUCUUCUCAACGUAUUUAAUCUUUUCGCUAAUAGUAGGCUAGCUGUACUAUACAGUAUAACGGUCUGUCAGGCAAUGUUUUUCUAGCACGACAAAGGAUCUCAGCUGAGCUAGCUCUAGCUAGUCGGGAAAUGCUAGCAAGUAACCAUGGCAGACACAGACUUCACCAGUGGAGAUGCGGGGGCUUCUGCUACUUAUCCGCUGCAAUGCUCGGCACUGAGGAAGAACGGCCAUGUCAUGCUGAAGGGACGACCCUGCAAGAUAGUUGACAUGUCCACUUCCAAGACAGGCAAACACGGGCACGCCAAGGUUCACCUUGUAGGACUUGACAUCUUCACCAACAAGAAGUAUGAGGACAUCUGCCCCUCCACCCACAACAUGGAGGUCCCUCACAUUAAGAGGCUGGACUACCAACUGUUGAACAUCACAGAUGGCUACCUGAGUCUGAUGAGCACCAACGGGGAUGUCAGAGAGGACCUCAAGCUGCCCGAGAGCGACCUGGGCAAGGAGAUCGAGAAGAAAUUCGAUGCCUCCGAGGACAUAUUGAUCACUGUGCUCAGCGCCAUCGAUGAGGAGUGUGCUGUUGGGAUCAAGGCCGCAAACAAGUAACCCGGGGCAACCACCGUUCACCCUCCCCCCAGACCUAUCCUCCCUGUUGGGUCUGGAACCUCACCAAAGCCAAUGGCCUUCAUCCCCCACGUCCACUUAUAUCAGCGCUGGUCGCCCCGCACAUGGAACCGGACCGGUCUGACUGGAGCUCCUCACUCGUUGCUGACUGGCAUUUUCCUGGAUCACUGAAGUUCUCCUCUCUAGACUCUGACCCCUGGGGGAUCUUUCCUCUGGAGGAUCUCUGUCCUGGAGAAUCUCUCUCCUGAAGGAUCUCCCUCCUGGAGGAUCUCUCUCCUGAAGGAUCUCUUUCCUGGGUGAUCUCUCUGCUGGGUGAUCUCUCUCCUGGAGGAU